UCCCACCGGACACUUGAGGAUCGUCUGCGGACGCAGUGUGGAGCAGCAGCCAGGAUGAUCCCAGUGGGUGAAUUCAGAAACUUCGGCAUAGAGCAGAACUCAAAGUACCGGGUGCUGAAACCGUGGUGGGAUGUUUUCUCAGAGUACCUGUGCGUUGCUAUGCUUAUGAUUGGAGUCUUUGGGUGCACCUUGCAGCUCACCCAAGACAAGAUUUCUUGCCUACCAAGCCACUUCACCAGCCCAACGCCUCAAGCAAUUGACUGUAGCCACAUCAGGACCUAUGGGGAGAACGCGACGUUCCAGCACACACUGGUCUUGCCCGCGAAGCCCAUCAUCCGAGAGGUGUCUGGACGCAAGAACGGCCUCGACAUCCACCAGUAUGUGUUUGUCAACCACUACUGCUAUGAGAAGUUUGUCCACUGGUACGCAAAGUACUUCCCGUACCUCGUUGUGAUCCACACUCUGAUCUUCAUGGUGGCGAGCAGCUUCUGGUUCAAGUUCCCUGGGACAUCUUCGAAAAUUGACCUCUUUGUUACCAUCCUUGGGAAGUGCUUUGAUUCACCCUGGACCACAAGGGCCCUGAGUGAGGUUUCUGAGGAAAGAGGAGAAGAGAAACUGGUCAGCUGGAGGCGGAACACCGUUGCAAAAGAUCAAGCUGACCGAAAAGCAGAUGAGGAGGAGACUACAGGGCUUCUUCGCUCCUCCUCUGUCAAGUCUAAUCCAGAGAAGAAAAUUCCAGAGCCUCAGUCGGCCCCCUCUGUCUUAGAUAAGAAAGAAGGAGAGCAGGCCAAAGCUCUGUUUGAAAAGGUGAAGAAGUUCAGAACUCAUGUAGAGGAAGCAGACAUCUUGUAUGUCAUGUAUGUGCUACAAACAUCACUGAAAGUCUUCAAGUUCCUUCUGAUUAUUGUCUACACUGCAGUGCUAGUACCGAACAUUGAGAUAGUAGUGCGCUGUUAUGUUCCUCCUGAGCUGACUGGUUUUGAUAUCUAUUGCUGUAAUCACAACAAAGCCCAUCUUUUCUCUAAGCUCGCUUACUGCUAUAUCUGCUUCGUGGGAGUGUUUGGACUUCUGUGUAUCUACACACUUUACUGGCAGUUCCAUAGACCUCUGAAGGAGUACUCCUUCGAGCAAGUCCGAUUGGAGACGGGCAUUAAUGAUAUACCAGACGUGAAGAAUGACUUUGCGUUCCUCCUUCACCUUGUGGACCAAUAUGAUUCUCUUUACUCCAGAAGAUUUGCUGUCUUUCUCUCUGAGGUCAGCGAGAGCCGUCUCCACCAGCUCAACCUCAACUAUGAGUGGACUGCCAAAAAGCUGCGUGCCCGCCUCGUCAAGAAUGCCAGGAACCGGUUGGAGCUCCCCCUGUUAUCGUUGCAGGGGCUCCCUGACACAGUCUUUGAGAUACCUGAAGUGGAAUCGCUCAAACUGGAGCAAAUGAAAAAUGUGACCAUCCCAGCUAGUGUGGCAAAGCUGGACUGUCUUAAGGAGUUAUCACUGAUCUUCUGUCCUGCAAAGCUCCAGCUGCCUGCCUUGAACCAUUUCAAGACACGUUUAAAGGUCUUGUAUUUAGAUUUUGAAAGUUCAGAAGAGGUGCCUAUGUGGAUGUACACCCUACAUAGCCUGGAGGAGUUGUAUCUGAACGGUCCUUUAACCAAUGAGGUGUCCAAGAGUGCCACUCUGGAGUCCCUUCGAGAGCUUAGAGCUCUUAGAGUCCUCGUCCUCCGCUCCAACCUUACUAAGAUCCCACCUAGCCUAGUGGAUGUUGCUUUGCAGCUGCAGCGGUUGUGCAUCUGUAAUGAAGGUGUCAAACUCCAGGCUUUUAGCAGCCUGAAGAAGCUAACCAACAUCGUCUCAUUGGAGUUAGUGGGCUGCGAGUUGGAGCGCAUCCCAAGUGCUGUCUUCAGCCUGAACAACCUGCAAGAGUUGGACCUGAAGGAAAACAAACUCACCACUGUGGAGGAGAUCCUGAGCUUACAGCACUGCAGCCGUUUAGUGACACUAAAACUGUGGAACAACAAAAUCACUUACAUCCCUGAUCAUAUCAGUAAGCUGCACACCCUGGAGACGCUGGACGUUAGCUGGAACAAGCUACGAAAGCUUCCCUCUCGGCUGUUUUAUUGCACAAAACUCAGGCACCUCGAUCUCUCCCACAACCUGCUCACCUCAAUCCCUCCUGAGGUGGGCAUCCUGCAGGGCCUCCAGUUCUUCUCCGCUGCUUUCAACUCUUUAGAAACACUGCCAGAGGAGCUGUUCUCCUGUAAAAGGCUAAAGACCUUGGCUCUGGGAAACAACUGCCUAUCGUUUCUCAGCUCCAGAGUGGCCAGCCUGGCCCAGCUGGUCCGGCUGGAGAUUAAAGGUAACCGUCUGGAGUCUCUACCUGUGGAGAUAGGGGACUGUCCCCUGCUGAAUCUCAGUGGACUGAUAGCGGAGGAUGAACUGCUUGAAUUGCUGCCACAAGAUGUACGAAGCAGGUUGAGUAAUGGCUGAGUUUGUGGAGCUGAGGGCUGCCAUUGACUCAUUUCUCUCUCAGUGUGGUGUUGUAGUCCAAGGUAAUCUCUACAAACAGAUUCUGCAUAUGUAUACACCUUCUGUUUGUAGUCCAUUUGUAAUCCAAAUACUACUGACCAAUCAAGCAUGAAUGGCAGAUAAACAGUCCUUUUGGAGAGGCGGAAUGAGUCGGCCAUGUCUGACAACGAGCUUUAUAAUAAGUUUUUUUAAAAAUGUAUCUGCAUUCAUAUGCAGAUAUCUGUUUUUUAGAGAUCAGCUGAAAUGACCGGUGCACAGAAAAGGAAGUCCUGGCUUGGAUAUCCGCUGGCUACACCCGAUUAGCCUGUAAUAUUGGCCCUCACUCCCAGAGGUUUAUUGUCAUCGGACCGAUAGAUGAUGGGUUUUAAAAGUGGGUCUAUGUUGGUCAGACUGUCAUGGAGAGAACAGAGUAUUAACAGAGUAUUAAUCCAUACCACUAAGAGGACUUUCUCAUAUAAAACAGCAAGAAAAGGAAAAACAAAAUCGUAACUGAUCACAAAAGAAUAAGCAAAGACUCGAAAACAUAUUUAUAAAAUCAGUCAUCAUGAAAUGUGUGUUCAAAUCUGUGUGAAUGAGUGAGAAAUCUACUUGCACAUUGAAAAUGUUUUUAUGCAUUUAUCUUAAAAAUACCUUUUUUAAAAUAAAUAUUUUACAAAGUUUUAUAGGUGUCCUGAAAAUACCUUACUUACUUUUUAAUGGAUUUUAAUGUAGCUGGUUUUACUCGUAUAAAUCACACUAAUACAAUAAGAAAUCUUUUAAAUUCAGGUCCAGAUUACUGAUACUGUGGGGGAGACAAGGGCUCAACCCUUAACAAGUAUACAGCAAGCAAGGCUUGACCUUCAGAUCAUUCCGGACCAGCGUUUUUACUGUUUACUUAAUAUUUAGUGGAUUCUUCAAAGCACAAGUCAAGGGAUUUUUUAUCUGUGCUGUAUCCUGUUAGACAGGUUUAUAAUGCAUGAAGUAGUGUUUCCCACAGAGCGGUGGCUCAUGUUGCUCCCUUUCAGACACUGACCGAGUGGAGGGAGACAAAGCCUUUCAGUUGGAGAAUAAAAGGUAUUCAUCUCUCUGUUUACAGUUAAAUAGAGAAAAGACUGAACAUGGGAUUCUGAAUCAGAACUUAAGUAAGCAUGAUAUUCAGCAUGCAUGAGAUGAUGCAGUAAUUAAUUUACAAAAGAAAGAAGAUAAAUGUACUGUCUUUAAAAAGCCCUUGGGAUGAUAUUGGAUAUUAGGUGCCUGUGGUGAUGGGUGACAUUGUACAUACAAAUAUACUAAUAUAUAUACUACUCCUCUCUGUUUUAGUUUUUUACUACCUCUUCAGCACAAUUCAACUAUUACAGUAAAAUAUUGGGAAUGAUUUCCUGUAAAGCACCUGAAUAGAAAGAUGUAAAAUUACCUAAAAACAUGUUUGUCUGGUUGCUCAGUUUGCAUAUCAUACUCUGGUGCAGAUGAAUUAAAGUGCCUUUUGAAUACAGUGAAACACAGAAA